UGAUAACCUCAAGCACUUGGAAUUCAGAAUGACUACUGCCAAUCAGGUGUUCAAGGUCGAGUAGAAAAGAAAGCGCGGUUGGGUAGAUUAUUCUUCUCUCGUGUCCUACCUAACACCUUAUGAUAUUUCUGACUAUUGUCUGCUGUUCUCAAUAUUAAAUAUAAGUGAAUUAAUGAUCAAUUCAAAUCCAAUGGAAGAUGAUUGUGAUUCAGAUGAUUGGCAAGAAGUUACACUGCCUGAUUCUAUUUCAUCUGAAAAGUAUACUUGUUUAAUGUGUGACAAUCAUUUCAAUAUGGCUACAUCAUUUUUUCGACAUCUUACUCUUCAACAUGAUUGGGUCAAUUUUUUAGAUGGUGAAGGCAAAAACAUUUUCAAUGAUCAAUAUGAUUGGAUUCGAUUUGUUAACUUUGUUCGUAAAACUAAACCAAUGGAUUUACGUCAAACAUUUUACGAUAUGGUUUGGAAAACUGAUUCUUUAGAUCUUCUUUAUCCAGUUCUACCGGAUGAUGAAGUUCUCUCAAUUGAUAUUGAAUCUUAUUUAUUGGAUAAUCGACAAAGUGAUCAAUCAUCUGUGAUAAAUGUACGUGAAAAAUCAACUAGUCAAGAACCUCUAUCAUUAGAAAUAUCACGAAUCAAAUCAGAAAAUAAAAUGUUACGUACACAAUUAAACAACUGCAAACGUUUACUUUCAACUAUGUCUGCACAAUCAAUACGAAAGAAAUCAUCCUGUGGUCAAUCGCCUGAUUAUGAUUUUGAUAUGGAACCAAAUGAUUCUUCCUAUUUUGGAUCGUAUGGUCAUUUUGAAAUACAUGGUGAAAUGAUAAAUGAUCGUGUACGUACUGAAUCUUAUGUGAAUUUCAUUCUAUCCAAUGCAAAUAAAUAUUUUAAAGAUAAAAUUGUCUUGGAUGUUGGUUCCGGUUCAGGUAUUUUAUCGAUUAUUGCUGCACAAGCUGGAGCUUCACAUGUUUACGGUGUAGAAGCUGCUGAUGAAAUCUAUGCUGCAUCACAUGAAACUUUAAAAGUAAACAAUUUACUUGAACGUGUCACCUUUGUUCAUGGUGAGGCAGAAUCGGUUGAAUUACCAGUUAAACAGGUUGAUGUAAUCAUCUCUGAAUGGAUGGGUUAUUUCUUAUUUUUUGAAUCAAUGCUUGAUUCAGUAUUAAAAAUAGCAUCGAAAUAUUUAUCACGUACUGGGCAUAUAUUUCCACGUCAUUAUACAUUGAAUAUUAUCGGUGUACAAUGUUCUAAACAAUUACGUGAACGACGUCUUGAACAUUGGAAUAAUGUAUAUGGUUAUAAUAUGCCAGCAUUACGUCGUGCAGCAUUAGGUGAAGCACAUGUAUUAAAUUUAACUACUCAUGAUCAACCUAUCACGUCGUCCUCAUCCUCAUCAUCCUCGUCAUCAUCUUCGUCAUCAUCAUCCGUAGCACCGAUUAUUGUAUUAACACCGAAAUCAUUUGAAUUAGUUACAUUGGAUUUAGAUGAAAUGCAUCAUAAUCGUAUUUAUCAAUUAUCAAAUCAUUGUUCAUUAUUAUGUGAAGAGAAAUUUCAUUUAAUUAUACAACCAGUGAUAACAUCAACAACUACUACUGAUGAUAAUGAUAAUGAUAAUAAUAGUUAUGAAUUAGAUGCAAUAGUCGGUUAUUUCACUGUACGUUUUAAUGAUGAUGCAGAUUGUAAAGUUGAAUUUUCAACAUCCCCAACUUCUCCUUUAACACACUGGAAACAGACGUUACUAUUUUUGGAUAAACCAAUUCGUGUCAAACCAGGUGAUAAAAUCUCUGGUAUCAUAACUAUACGUCGUGCAACUACAGAUAAUCGUGGCUUAGAAAUUAGUCUAUUAAUUGCUGAAACAGAAAAUUCACCUGAAAUCAAACAAACCUUUGAUUUAAUUGGUUAAAGCAUCGUGUUUUUUUUUCAAAAUUAAAAAUGCAAACCCUUAUUUUUAAGAAAAAAAAUGAAGACAAAAUGAAUUUACAGAAUGGUUUUACUUUUUUUUUUUAAUCCUCUUUCACAUGUUAAUCAGAGUGAUGUGACAAAAUAACAUCGAUGGAUGACACACACACACACACACAUAGAGUGUUCAGACUUCAUUGAAUGUUUAUUUAUUUUGUUUACAUGACAAACAUUUUAAUGAAUUUUUUUCUUAAUUCAAUGUAUUCAUUGUAAAAUGAUAAUGACAGUAAAAUUCAUUGUUGUUGUUUCCAAAAAAUAAAUUUGAAUAAAAUAAAUUGGAUUUAUUUUUUAAAAUAA